UUUACAAACAAAGAAAGAAACGGCGGGCGAAAAACUAUAAGUUUACGGAAGCCGUCAACAUUAUCCGAUUGACUAUACAAGUUCAUAAUAGGGGAUUAACGUGAUAUGGUGUUGAGUUAUGGUUAGAACCCGCCAGCGUCAACCCGCUUGAAGUUAAUCAAAACUGUUGAAAUGGAGUUUACCCCAGAGGCAAGAGAAAACGUGGUCAAGUUAUUUCAAGGAAAUGUAGAGAAAUUAUGUUCUGUGAAAGAAUCUGUGGUGCCUGAGUGGUGGUUAAAUGUUGUUGACAAAACAAGUGAAAUACUUUUACAACUGAAGACAAAUUCUUUUGAUGAGAAAAACAAAGAUACUAAUUCUAAGAUUAUAGAAAAUAAUGCUGUUAAACUGUGGAAUCAUAUUGUACCUAUGAAAACUCAGGGAUCAUUAUCAAAUAUUUCUAAUGCUAAAUUGAGACAUAUUUGUUUCAUGGCUGUAACAUAUUCUGGUUCUGAUUCUGUUGAUGAUGCAGUUCUGAAACGACAAACAAUUAUGGGAAUGAAGACAGCAAGAGCUUGGAUAGAAUGUAAUCAGAUGGAACAAGCAGAAAUAGUUUUAAACGUAACUCAUCAGUGUGUAGAGAAGUUGAAGACCACCCUUAUCAAUAGGAUUAAUGCAGGGAACACCAGUGGUAAUGGGGUUAAUUGUGGAACUCUAGAAAAAGACAGACUUGAAGUUGACCGAGAUAUUCUUAAAAUACUUACUUGUAAAGCUGAAGUUGCAUCCGCACAAAUGCAGACUGAAACUGCGAUAAAUUUGAUAUUUACAGCUAAAGAGAUGUUGGCAAGAUUUCCUCGAGAGGGAUCAUAUAUGAGUAUGUUAUGUUAUAAUUUCGGUGUCGAUACAUUUCAACGAAAGCAGUAUGAAGAGAGUGUGACCUGGUUAAAAGAAAGUUAUGAAUUAGGAAAGGGAAGAGAAGGAUUGGACCCUAAAAAUCAGGCUCGUACCUUGAGAUUUCUAGCUAAUGUAUAUUUAGAAUGGAAUGAAGAUUAUUAUUGUGAUAAAGCCAUGAAUGCUAUUACACUGGCAAAUACUGUAAGUCACAAGUAUGAGUGUACAAUAGACCAGGAACCGAUCAUGACAUUAUCUUGGAAUUAUGACUUUCUGUAAAAAUCAAUGCACAGUUAUCCUAGGAACAAAAGUAUGCCAAGUUUCAUGUUGAUCUUACUUGAAAAGCAUUGUCCCCAAGAACAAUAAUAACAACAACAAGAUGAGUAGCGCUUGGUACCCAGUUCCUGGUUCAAAAAUUUAAGAUAAAACAUCUUUUGUCUUUCAUUUAUUAAUCUUUUAUUAUCAUUGGUAUACAUGUUCAAGAGCCUUUUUAUUUGAGAGAGGGGAUUUGUUCUGAACAUUUGAAUUUUGCUACGCCACUGCCUACUCUUACUUCAAAUGUUUUUUCCCCAUCCGAAUGACUAGACACUCCUUGCCAGAGUAAUAAAUGUUCAUGUUUUU